UCAAGAUAGAACCGAUUAACCCGAACCGCGCCCACCGGCCCGCCUGCAACUUUCAUCUGCGCUAGUACUACCUUCUUCCAGUCGCCUUUGAGCUCACGUUUUCAGUUCCGUUUUCUGAAGACCUCCACUUCCAGUCGAAACUGAGCGCCAUCAACAUCUAACAUGGUAACGCUCUACAGUCUGAAGAGCCUUGGAUUUGGUCAUUCAACAUUUGGCACUACAUUCAGUUCCAAAACUAAAAGAUUUAUCGUCGGAGAUCUAAAACCCUCACGCAUUUCUCUUCAAAACCAGUUACUCUACAGACCCAUUGCCACAGAAAUCUCAGAAAACCAACACAAUUUCACCGUCAAUUACCUCAUAAACUCAUGUGGGUUGUCGCCAGAAGGCGCGAUUUCAGCAUCCAAGUGGGUCGAAUUGCAUUCCCCUGAAAGAGCGGACUCUGUUUUGGCCCUUCUCAGAAGCCAUGGAUUCUCUGAAAACCAAAUCUCAAAGCUCGUCAGGUCGCGUCCGCAGCUUCUUUUAGCCAACCCGGAGAAGACCCUUUUGCCGAAGCUCGAGUUUUUCCGGUCUCUCGGAGUUUCGAGGCAGGACCUUGCGCAAACUCUGGCUUUCAAUCCGAAGCUUCUUUCGAGAAGUUUGAAGAAACAGAUUAUUCCCACUUACGACUUUCUGAGGAGUAUUGUUUCUGAGAAGAAGCUUGUUGCUAUUUUCAAGCACAACUCGUGUAUUUUUGUAGAGAGUAACUGCAAUGUGGUGGAGAACAUUGGGUUUUUGAGAGAACUGGGUAUGCCCCAAUCGUGCAUUUCUAUGUUGCUGGCUCACUUCACUACUGUUUUGAUGGUGAGCCCUGAAAAAUUUGGUUUGCUUGUGAGUGAGGUUAAGGAAAUGGGGUUUAAUCUCGAAAAAUCAACUUCUGUGAAUGCACUGCGUUCAUUGUGUGGGAAGAAUAAGCUGAUAUGGAAUCGGAGUCGAGAAGUUUUUAGGAGGUGGGGUUGGUCUGAGGACGAUGUUCUUUCUGCUUUCAGGAAGAACCCGCAGUUUAUGAUUGUGUCAGAGAAGAAACUGCUGCAAGCAAUGGAACUUCUAGUGAAUGAGAUGGGAUGGCCUUCAGAAAUGAUUGCCAAGUAUCCAGUGGUCUUGAGUCUCAGCUUGGAGAGGAGACUUAUUCCGAGGUGUUUGGUUGUUAAGGUUCUGUUGUCGAAAGGAUUGAUAAACGAAAACUUGAAUCUGGGUUCGGUGUUGCUUCCUCCAGAGAAGCAGUUCAUAGAGAGGUUUGUAACUAAAUAUCUCAAACAUGUACCUCAGUUGCUUAGUAUGUAUCAAGGGAAAGUGGAUGUCGAGGAUGUACGAUCUUGCCCCAUUAGUUACCGAGUGAAGGUUAGAACACUGUGUAAGCUUGUUAUUCAUGUUAAGGAGAAUAGGAUGCCUAAUAUGCAGUAUUUGCAGCGUUCUGGUGUUUCUGAGAAACCAUGGAUUCCAUCGAACCUAGAUGUUAAAGAAUGUUAUCGGUGUUUUCAAGCGCCGGUCGUGGAUAUAUUCUUGGUUGAUCACUGCAAGGAUGUGGUGCCAAAUAUUGGCCUUUUAAGAGAACUAGGUAUGCCUCAACCAUCCAUUUCUCUGUUGCUAGCUCAUUACACUCAUGCUACGAUGAACAAGCAUAAAAGGUUCGGAAAAAUUGUGGGUGAGGUUAAGGAAAUGGGAUUUAGUCUCCAAACUUCUACUUUCGUGUUUGCACUGCAUACAUUGUGUGGUAAGAGUAGUAAGUUGAUAUGGAAACGUAGUUGCAAGAUUUUUAUGAGUUGGGGUUGGUCUGAGGAUGAUUUUCUCUCCGCUUUCAGGAAGAAUCCAGAGUUUACAAUUGUGUCAGAGAAGAAACUAGUGCAGGUGAUUGACUUUUUAGUGAACAAGAUGGUAUGGCCAUCUGGAAUGAUUGCACGGUAUCCGCGGGUUAUGCGUCACAGUUUGGAGAAGAGAAUAAGGCCACAAUGUUUGGUUGUUAAGGUUUUGCGAUUGAAAGGACUGAUAGAUGAAAAUUUGAGUUUGGAUUAUGUGAUGCAGCCUCAGGAAAGGCUCUUCCUAGAGAGGUUCGUGACCAAAUUUCAAAUUGAGGUGCCUCAGUUGUGGAAUGUGUAUCAAGGGAAGGUUGGAAUUGAGGAUGUGUAAUCUUGGUGUGUUGAUGCUGCGUCACUAACAUGUAUGAGCUUGUUUGUCACAAUUGGUAAAUUAAUUUGCUUGCUCUUAUGCUCCAUUGUCUAGCUGCUUUUAUUUUUUUGUAUGUAUGUAAUUCUUAUCGCAAGACCUCUUGAGCUGGCAUGCUCACUGUGUCAUUGCCAGUUGCAUCUUUUGUUCCUGAGUUUGGUUCGCCUCGAAAGUAAAUUGGAAAUUCAACCCUAAUAUAUUUUCUGAGAGGAAUGAAAACAA